CGAGGCUGCAGCGAGAGCAGUUUAACCAUGGACUCCAGUCACAUAGCCGUGAGAAUGGGUAAGUCCGGCGGUAGAUAAGAUAAGAUAUAGUAGCAUCUUGGUUGGCUAUCCUCACCUCAGUUAUUCCCAAGAUGCCGAUCUUUGUGAGCGCUUAUAGUCUGCGCGCGAUUAGCAAAUACUAUGACCAUCAAGAUCAGAGUGGCCUGGACAAACUGUGCCACUUGACUAAUCGCCUCCACUCAUUUAUCUUGGCUAAGCUCCAUUAUGUGUUGUUUGCUCUAUAUUUCGCUACGAUAGCACGGCGUAGUCCCUCGCCAGGCGGCGUCUCCCAGUCUUCUUAUGGCAGCAUUGGAUCCACCGAGAAUAUCCACAUUCGGGUUGAAGAGGAUUGCGGACUCAGCGAAUCGACUCCCUUGCUGGCAGCUAGUCAGCGUUCCAACAAGUCACCCUCAUCCUCAGUAACCUCUUCCUCCUCCUCCUCCUCAUCGCCCUCCGCCGGAAAUGCGAUCCUCACAAAAGACUGCUUUAAUUGGCGCUCGGUGGGAUUUAUGGUCAUGUGUGCCUCCGCCUUGGGACUGGCUGCCUAUUUGCUCUGGAGACAAUCCCAAACGCCGGACUUUGGCUACCGACUCAGUCUUGUGGAGCAUGAUAUAUGGUCGAAUGCGGUUCUUCAGGGUCCGGAAACUCUAUCGAAUCCGAUUUAUGUGAUUUUUACCCACACGGAGAGCCAGGAGUGCAGUGAGGAUUGUCUGGAUGUAUUACACAAGCUGCAGAGUACUCAUUCUGAGGAGCUGCCCUACAACUUUCUAAUCACCGGCGACUGUCAGGCCUUCGAAGCCCGAGGAUGGCAAUAUAAGAGCGAUUUCUCAAAGGAUCUUCCUGGAAACAGUUCUCUGGUAAUGGCCUUUGUGGGAACCUUUAACCGAAAACCACCCAUUUAUUGUCAGUUAAAGGUAGCAAAGGCUUUGAUUCUAGAAUCCCUGAAGCGCAGGAAACUGCAGCCACAGUACCAACUGUUUGUAGUGGGCAGCAAUACGGAGGCACUGCAGCAGGAGUUCCACCAUUGGCCACAUUAUGCCGGGCUCGAAGGACCAAGUGAAUGA